CCCGCCGGCUUUGAUCGACACGGCGCUCGCGCGGUCUCUUACUCCAGCAUGAGAAACGCUUGGCGAAUCACGCGCUGGGAUCCUGGGGCAGGCACGCCGACGUAUCUUCUCGCCUCGGCAUUCACCGUCACUCCUUCGCUUUGCGCCCAAGCGACACGAGUUGACUGCGUCAUCGACAGCAGCAACUCGAUCCGCGGGACGACGAAUUUCAGGCACUUUGCUCACGCCGCUGAAAGUCUCCUCGCCUGCUGGUCGUUCUUCCGGCGGUACCCGGCUGCCCGGCCGCGGCUGGUGCUGAAGGACCUUCGCAGCAUCGACGGCGUCAUUUGGGCCGAGAGCCUCGUCCGCCUAAUGGGGUGUGAGGUGCUCGGCGGCAUUCGCGCCUGGCAGUACUACCUCCCAUUGGCGACGCUGAACGCGGCGGGUUGCGCCGUUCGUGGCGCGCUGCGCCAGCGCAGUGGCAAUGGCUACAAGGGACGGGAGAUGAAGUGGCUAAUGUCGGAGAGCGACGCGUCGGAGCUGCAGCAACGCCUCCACCGCAACCACACGGCAGGGGGCGUGCUUCGCGUCGGCAUCGCCAACCGGCGCGGCUCUCGCAACCUCUCGAAUGUCGACGCGGUCGCCGCCGCCCUCUCCUCGGCCCUCCGAUCAGUCCAGGCAAGCUCCCGGGGCGGCGGCGACGGGUUGCAACAUUUUAUGCGCGUCGACGUGAACGUCGUCGCCGACUUGGGUGGCUGGACGUUUCUGGAGCAAGCAACGUGGGUCAGUGCGCAGAUGUUGGUGGUGAUGCCUCACGGGGCCGGAUCAGUGAACUACCUCUUUGCUCGGCCGUGCACCGCCAUUCUCGAGGUGUAUCCCUUUGGAUACUACCUGCCCGGAGAGUACCUCAAUCUCGCGCGAGCCGUCGGCGCGCUCGGCUACACAGCCUACCCGGGCGACACACCCUACAACGACACGGACCGGCACUCUAGCCCCGCAGCGCGCUACCAAGCGCGGAGCGUCUCGCUCGCGCCAGAUCCCGCGCGGGUGGCGGAGUGGGCGGUCGAGGCGGUCGCGGCGAGCGCGCAGUGCCGGCGCCACCAGUCACAAGGUGCGCGUGCGCCUCCUCGCGAGGCGUUUGCGUAG